AUGGUCGAGUUCGACGCUCACAGCCUGCCCAAGAUCAAGAUGAUCGUGCACAUUGGACAAAUGGCCCUCAUCGCCGUGUCCGGCAUCUUCGAGAUCGUCGUCUUCUCCAAGGCCGACCAGAUUGAUGGACGGCCCGGCUACUAUUUUACUCUGUGCUUCCUGACGAUCCCGGCCGUGAUCUACUUGACCAUGACGCCGCGCUUUCCCCGAACCCGCAAGCUGGCCAACCCCUACGCUAUGGCCUGCGUCGACGCCCUGUUCUGCAUCUCAUGGCUGGCGGCCUUUGCGAGCCAGGCGAGCUACAACUCCAGCGGGAAGUGCAAAGGCGCGUGUGGUGGCAGCAAGGCCGUGGUGGGACUCGGCGUGUUUAUUUGGCUCUUCUGGGUCGCCACCACCUUCAUGUCCCUCUAUGGCGUCGUCUACUACAAACGCGAGGGCUACCUACCCGGCGCCACGCGCGCUCCCUUCAAUGCCCAAACCAUCGACCCCGACAAGGAAUCCUUCUCUACGGCGCCCCACGACGACGAGUACGCCCCCGUGCACAACCCGGAGCAUCUCGACGAGCACGAGCUGCCGCAGCAGGCCCUCUCGGAUUCCCACUACAGCGCCGCGAAUAUGGGCAGCAUGGGAGGCCGCUUCAACGCGGACAGCUACGGGGGAUAUCAGUCGCCGGCGGUGCAUGACGAGCCGACGGGAUACAUGGGCUACACCGGUGCGGCGCCGGUGCGGGAGGGUGGGGGGAGGGUGCAGUUCCCGGAUGCUCCGUACGCGAGUUCAGGAGGGUUGCUGGAGGGCGGGCGAUGA